CGCCAUAUUUGCCUGUAAUUCUCGAACGAGCUUCACUAUCACCACCAUCACCACCACUCCCCACACAACCCAUCCGGACCCAUCCUCCUCCAAGAUGAGCGUCUCCGGCACCACCCCCAGCUUGAUAAGCAAGCUUCCCGCGCGUCUCACCAACUUCUUCGCUCGCUACCCCCCGCAAAUCUACUCCAGUCUCGCGCGCCCCGAAGUCCCCGAGACCGCCGCCGCCGAGGCCACCACCCCCACAGCAGCAGGAGAGGAAAGCGAAGGCCUCCCCUCCCCCUACACCCCCAACCGAGACGCGAAGGGCCACAAGCCUGCCGACCCGAAAGCGUUCUCCCCAUCCCGGGCCCUGCUCUACUCCGACCCCAAACACCCCAACCCGUUCCUGCCGAAGAAGAACUUCCGCACGGGCAAAUGGGUGAGUCCGCGGUUCGGGCUGCGCCAGCAGGCCGAUCUGGUCAAGCUGGCUAUCCGGUAUAAUGUUGAGGAGCUGCUGCCUCCGGGCCGCAAGUCGACGGAGUUCAAGCAGACGAGACGCGAGGAGUGCGGUCUGCGCAUCAAGGGUACGGGUAUCGGGCAGAAGGUCAAGGGUCACAAGUGGGAGCGCACCAUGGAGGCUCGUCUGGAGGAUCGUCGCAAGGCAAUGAUGGAGAUGCCGGAGAUGAUCCGCGCGUGGAAGCAGAGAGGUCACGGUCGUGGCUGGAAAAAGUGGCCCAAGCGGUAAAGCGUCUCACCCACUGGGCUGUGGACCAUGGGGCCAUCCCAUGGGCCUUCAUCCUUCGUUCGCCCUUGACAUGUCCUUUUUUUUUUUUAUC